CUGUGUCCGCGCCGCGAUCACCCGGGAAGCCCGAUGCCAGCGCCGCGCGUCGGCUGAGAGGGGACAGGGCGGGUUUCUCCCGCUCGCCCCGGAUCCGGUCUCCGCAGCGGCUGCGCGUCCCAGCCCGGGCUUCGCUGGCCCGGGAGUGAGUCGCAGCGACAGGAGGACCAGAGCGGCGGCCCGGGGUUGGCCCGGGCUGGGAAAGGAGGGACGGAGCCGUGGGGAGGGCUCAGGGGGCGGGGAGGGGACCCCGGAGGAGAGAGAUGACAAUGUCUCUCAUCCAAGCGUGCCGCAGCCUGGCUCUCUCAACAUGGCUGCUUUCCUUUUGUUUCGUGCAUCUGCUCUGCCUGGACUUCACCGUGGCGGAGAAGGAGGAAUGGUACACCGCCUUCGUGAACAUCACCUAUACCGAUCCCGAGCCCGGGGCCGCCGUGGCGGGAGGCGGUGGCGGCGCCGAGCUGCACACGGAGAAGAGCGAGUGCGGCCGAUACGGCGAGCACUCGCCCAAGCAGGACGCGCGCGGCGAGGUGGUCAUGGCCAGCUCGGCCCACGACCGCCUAGCUUGCGACCCCAACACCAAGUUCGCCGCGCCGGCCAACGGCAAGCACUGGAUAGCCCUCAUCCCCAAGGGCAACUGCACCUACAGGGAUAAGAUCCGGAACGCGUUCCUGCAGAACGCCUCUGCUGUGGUCAUCUUCAACGUGGGCUCCAACACCAACGAGACCAUCACCAUGCCCCACGCAGGUGUGGAAGACAUCGUGGCUAUAAUGAUUCCUGAGCCCAAAGGGAAGGAGAUAGCGAGCCUGCUGGAACGGAACGUCACCGUGACCAUGUACAUCACCAUCGGCACCCGGAACUUGCAAAAAUAUGUGAGCCGCACGUCGGUUGUGUUUGUCUCCAUCUCCUUCAUUGUUCUGAUGAUCAUUUCUCUGGCAUGGCUGGUCUUUUAUUAUAUCCAGAGGUUUCGAUAUGCAAAUGCCAGGGACAGGAACCAGCGCCGACUGGGAGAUGCAGCAAAGAAAGCCAUCAGCAAGCUCCAGGUCAGGACCAUCAGGAAGGGUGACAAGGAAACAGAAUCCGAUUUUGAUAACUGUGCAGUCUGCAUAGAAGGGUACAAGCCCAACGAUGUGGUCAGGAUCCUGCCCUGCCGGCAUCUUUUCCACAAAUCCUGCGUUGACCCCUGGCUUCUAGACCAUCGCACCUGCCCCAUGUGCAAGAUGAACAUUCUUAAGGCCCUAGGGAUCCCGCCCAAUGCUGACUGCAUGGAUGACUUGCCCAUUGAUUUUGAAGGCUCUCUAGGAGGUCCACCAACCAAUCAGAUCACAGGAGCCAGUGACACAACUGUCAAUGAAAGCUCAGUCACUCUGGACCCUGCUGUGAGGACAGUGGGGGCCCUGCAGGUGGUCCAGGACCCAGACCCUGCUCCUCAGGAGGGAGAAGCCAUCUUUACAACAACUAACAGUGAUCAAGAGCCAGCAGUGAGCAGUGAUUCUGACAUCUCAUUAAUUAUGGCACUGGAAGUGGGCCUGUCUGAUGUAGAACUUUCCACUGACCAAGACUGCGAGGAGGUGAAAUCUUGAGAUGGUAGAAACGGACAAAAGAAAACAUAGGAACCAGGGGGACAGGAAGGAAGCAUGCUCCGAGAAUUGAACUGAAUACACGGCCUUCAGAUCACCAUGGCAACCCCAGGGCACUCUGUUCAAGAGUGGUAAUGAAAGCAAUAUCCAAAGUCUCCCAAGUCAGGACUCGGGUCCCAUCUCGGCAACAGCCUGUGGCCUUGAUGCGGAAGUUGAAAGCUGGAUUCUUUGGUGUUCGUGCAGACGUGUGGCAGACCGGAAGUAGAGCGUCAGAGCGUCUUCACUUGAUUUCAGCCUCUGCCAUCUUCUUGUUCUUGUUUGGGAAAGAUGGUUUCAUUCCCUUGGCAAUUUCUUUUUAAAGUUGAUGUAUAGUUUACAUCGUCCCUCUGUUUUCCGGUUGAUUCACUCCAGCCCGUAUACAGAGGUCUGUUUAGAAGUCCCAGUUGCUGCUCCAGUGAUUGGUUUAUACCAGGUCUUGGGAUUCACAGUCAUGAGUUAUCAGUAUGACGUAUGUAUGACUUUGAGGAUCACCUCAGCACACUGAAACAGUGGGAGCCAGAUUUUAUCAAGUGUCUAACCCCCUCCUCUAAGUGGGUCUUGUCGAGCCCAGCUGCCAGACAGCAACACUAAGUUCUGGAUCUGCUGAGUUGGUCGCUCGUUAUUUUCAGCUCCAUCAAUCACAUGGGCUUCCACUGGUCAUGCUCUGUCGGGGGCCAUCUUGGUAGGAGAGGACUACCAGGGAGGAAUGUCUAAAACUCAGAAGUCCCCAAAGGACACCAUGACAAAGUUCAGAGUAUAUGGAACUAUAAGCCUAGUUUAAAAACAAAACAAACAAACAAAAAAAACCCUGAUACCCCAUCUUCCCAGGGUAGGGGAGAUUCCUGACUCCCUGAUUUCCCUCCAAGGCCUUAGCAGUUUAUCACCUUCAUAAAUGAAUUCCAUGGGUACGAGGUAUAGAAAAGAUGCAAUCAUGUUUCUUAGGUCACUGGCACCCAGGUGUAAGCUUACUUCAGGGACUGUCCUGUUAACCUUCACCAGCCUACAUGGAAAGAUCUAAAUAAGUCCUUAAGAGUUUGUAUCUCGGGUCUUCCUGAGAGCAUCCAGGUAUCAAGAGGAGAAUGAGGUAUGAUCUGAUAAAGUCUGAAUCAAAAUGUGCAUCAUGGGAACUUGCUAAAUUGAGUUUCUUCUGAUUGUGAGAAUCGAAUAAGAUUAAAAGAAAAAAAUAACAAAUGACUAUCAAAACCCACUGUAUUAUAAAGUGGUUUAUGAUUUUAUUCUCUUUUAGUCUGAAACAAUAACAAAUGUGUGCUGUCUUUCAAGUGGACAGUAUUGUGAUAUACACAGCAAUUCCAGAGGCAGAGGUGGCCACCUGUGUCCCUCUGGAUGAUCAGGAGGAUCUCCUCUUCCUUCUCUUCCCCCUCUUCUUCUUUCUCCUCCUCUUCCUCCCCCUCCUCAUUGCUAGCAGUUGGCAAGGUCACACAGAGCAGGGAUUGACCAGGAAAGCAAGCUCUUCCCGCUGAGCUGUAUUUAUGUUUGAUUUGGGCUUUUCCACCUCAUUACAUUAAUAUCAUUCAAACAGCGCUUGGUUGACCUGUAAAUCUUUGCUGCCCACUGCAAUUUUGAGUCCAGGGGAAUGGAAUUCUCCACUGAUUGCUCGCUCUUUUUUCUUCCUUUCUUUCUUCCUUUCUUUCUACUUUUAAUGUGUUCCUAUUUGAUGGUUCAUGAGGAGAGAGCAAAGCAAGAAAAAUGAUAACAAGCUUCAGAAAAAUCACCUCUGGCUAAUAAUGGCUAAUGUUUAACACAUCCCAUAAUUUAACGCCAGCCUCUAAGGACUGGGAUGCUCCAUGGCGAGGAAGCAGGUGAGUGCUAAAUCAGAUUCUGUCAGAUGAAGUUUCAGAGAUGAGUCUCACGGUCCCCUCUUUCUUGGAUCACACAUUUGCACUUCUCCAGGGGGAUCUGUGUUGUGAAAACAGCUGUGUCACAGAGCAAAUUUUGAUAUUUAGUCUAAUGACAUUAGGGUAAUUCAACAAGAGAAAUACAAAAUUACAUUGCAUGACCAGAGAGGAAAAGAUCUGAUGGGGGUUUUCUGGCCAGUGGUCAAGUAAAUCACUGAUUACAUACGCAAGCCCUUGACCUGACAGCCUACAGGAUGCUAGUGAAAGCAAAAGGGGCCAAGAGAUCCAUCUUUGGCCUCUGGAUGUGACUCCAAGGAGGCCCUGUGGCAAAUUCCCUGAGCCUUUGACAGUCUCUGCUUACCAAAGAGUUUUGAAAGCUGUCCCUGUGGCUUUCAUGGCAGAAGAAAGAUUAGAGAGAAAGUUUCCUCUUGAGAUAAACUGGGAAAGCUCUCACUAUAGACUUUGCUGUCACCUUCCACAAUGAGGAGACCCUGGCCUGACGACCCAGCAAGCCACACAUGGCUGUGCAUCCCAGGAAUGCACACUGAAUAUGCAUUUACAGUCAUGCAUUUUUUCUGGAGCAGGUGGUGCACCAACUCUGUCCAACAGAAAUAGAGCUCAAGUCACAUACUUUU